AUGUCCGCUAAUUUCUCCACCAUCGCCAUCCUCGGCGCCACCUCCGGUCUCGGCGAAGGCUUUGCCCGCCGCUUCCACGCCGAAGGAAAGACAAUCAUCGCAACCGGCCGGCGCCUUUUCCGUCUGCAAUCCCUCCAGCGCGAGCUCCCCGGCCUGCAGAUCCAAGAAAUGGACACCUCCUCCAUCACCACGCUCCCCACCCAAAUCUCCCAGCUCCUCACGACCUACCCAGAUAUCGACACCGUGAUAACCAUGGCAGGCAUCCAGAAAUUCUUCACUUACAAAGACCCCACGAGCACUUCCAUGGCGGAGAUCCAACUGGAAAUCAGCACCAACCUCACCGCGCCAGCCGUGAUCGCGCACGCAGUCAUACCCUUCUUCCUGGCACAAAACCGCCCAACGACGUUUGUGACCGUCUCAUCUGGCCUGGCAUUCGUGCCUGCGCCCGUGUUCCCUGUUUACUGCGCCACUAAAGCGGCCAUUCAUAUGCUAAGCGUUUCUUUGCGUGCGCAGCUGCACGGCACGAACGUCAGUGUGCUGGAGUUGGCGCCGCCGUAUGUGGAUACUGCGCUUGACAUGGAGCAUCGUGAGGAUCUGGUCAAGAGUCAGGGCGGAGAGGAGAAGGCGGUCAAGCCGAUGGGGCUGGAGCAGUAUUUGGAUGCGGCGAUGGAGAGGUUCGAGGCGCCGAGGAGUGGGGAGGUAGCCGUGGGGUUUGCGGAGAUGGGAGCUGGGAAGUGGAGGGAGGCUUUUGGACCGAUUUUGGGGAUGAUGGGGACGAAGGGUUAG